AUCAUGGGUCGCCUAUCCCAUCAUUACAGGUCUUGCCUGUUUCAGAUUAUCAUCGUAGGCUUGGUUGCCUUCUGUGAACCCGGAAUCUGGACAGCCCUAAAUAACCUCGGAGCUGGUGGAAAUGCCAGUCCAUUUUUAAACAACGCCGCCAAUGCCUUGACAUACGGACUCAUGUCAGUGGGCUGCUUUCUUGCUGGUGGUGUUACCAACAAGAUUACCGCCAAAUGGACAUUGUUUAUUGGUGCUGCGUUUUACACCCCUUAUGCAGCCGGUUUGUAUUGCAACAAUCGUUAUGGGAAUCAGUGGUUUCUUCUGCUUGGAGCUGCUCUCUGCGGUAUCGGGGCAUCUCUGCUCUGGGCGAGUGAGGCCGCUAUUGCGGUCGGAUAUCCGGAAGAGGAGAAGAGAGGAAGAUAUGUCGGAAUUUGGAUGGGGAUUCGGCAAAUGGGUCCUUUGGUUGGCGGUGCCAUCUCCCUUGCCAUCAAUGUCAAUACUGCGCAUACUGGCAAGGUCAGCUACAAUACUUACCUUGGGCUUGUCGCCAUUUCAUCUCUUGGGGCUCCAUUUGCUCUACUUCUAUCCCAGCCACAAGAUGUGGUCCGGAGUAAUGGCACCAAAAUUCCUUACAUGAAGAAGACCAGCUUAGCCAUCGAAGCCCGUGCUAUUUGGAAGCAACUCAAGAACAAAUAUCUACUGCUACUCAUUCCGGUAUUUUUGGCCGGUCAGUUUGGCACAACUUACCAAGGGAACUACUUGACAAGUAUGGAAUAUCCAAUCCCCAUUGAAGGAGAGAACUUCUCUAACAAAAUAUCAGCAUACUUCACCGUUCGUUCCAGAGCGCUAGCUUCGUUCCUCACAGCUGUUGUUGGUGCGUUAGCCAAUAUAACCACGGGUCUUGUUCUUGAUCUCAAUUAUUUCUCAAGAGGAGCCCGAUCCAAAGCUGUUUACCUCAUUGUCUUGGUCUUCGUCACAGCAGCUUGGGUAUGGAACGCUAUCACCGAAACGAAGCUUUCCCGUAUGGCUGAACCACCCGCCUUCGACUUGGGCGAUGGUCCAUUCUUCAAUUCCGCUUUCACCGUCUACAUGUUUUUCAAAUUCUUCUACGAGGUUCUACAGACAUACAUCUAUUGGCUUAUGGCCGAGGUAAAAGGCGCACAGGGCGAUGGAGAUAUUGCGCGAACAACGGGGAUUCUCCGAUCGUGGGAAUCGAUCGGCAGCACUAUUGCAUACGCAGUUGGCGCAACACACUGGUCAAACUUGAACCAAAUGAUCCUCGGCUUUUCUCUAUGGGGUCUCACCAUUCCAUUCACUCUCCUCGCAGUGUUUGGAAACUGGAAUGUAGGUGGGGAAGUUGAUGUGGGGAGCGUGGAGGGCCCAGAGGAUGUGGAGGGACGAGCAGACACUAGCAGCGUUGAGACGGAGAGGGUUUUCGUUAGUCAUGAUAGUAAAUGA